GCGGUUCGGUCGAAGGACGUGGCCAUGGCGGAGGAGAGGAUGGAGGAGGAGGAGGAGAAGGAGAGGGAGAAGGAGAACGCGAAGUAUAGCAUACUUAUCCCUACCUACAACGAGCGCCUCAACAUCGCCCUCAUCGUCUACCUCAUCUUCAAGCAUCUCCGGGAUGUUAAUUUUGAAAUCAUUAUUGUGGACGAUGGAAGCCCUGAUGGAACCCAAGACGUCAUAAGACAAUUGCAACAAGUAUAUGGAGAAGACCGCAUUCUUCUAAGAGCACGACCAAGGAAGCUUGGUCUAGGAACUGCUUACUACCAUGGAUUGAAGCAUGCAUCAGGGGACUUUGUUAUUAUAAUGGAUGCAGAUUUGUCUCACCAUCCUAAGUACUUACCAAGCUUCAUCAGGAAGCAGAAGGAAACUGGUGCAAAUAUAGUUACUGGAACCCGCUAUGUUAAGAAUGGAGGUGUACAUGGAUGGAACCUUAUGCGCAAACUGACAAGUCGGGGGGCAAAUGUACUUGCACAGACACUUCUAUGGCCUGGAGUAUCCGAUUUGACAGGAUCAUUCAGGCUGUAUGAGCGCUCUGUGCUGGAAGAUGUUAUUACCUCAUGUGUAAGUAAAGGCUAUGUCUUUCAGAUGGAGAUGAUUGUUAGAGCUACCAGAAAAGGAUAUCACGUUGAAGAGGUUCCAAUUACUUUUGUUGACAGAGUUUUUGGAAGUUCAAAGCUCGGGGGCUCCGAAAUAGUUGAAUACUUGAAAGGUCUCGUAUAUCUGCUAUUCACGACAUAAGAGGAGGAAGAAAUGUUAUGAGAUAUGCUGCAAAAUUUUGCAAAAUUCCAUAUUCUUUUUACAAAAUAGCAUAUCUUGUUCUAUCCCCAUAUUCCCCAUCAGCAAAGCUGUCACAAUUGAGUAGUAUACCAAAUUUUUAGGCUGUGGCAUCAUAAUGUUGCCUUUUCCUUUUUCUUAUUGUCCAUGAUUUCUGAUUUUAAGCUUGUUUAGAUUGUGGUGAUUAACGGAUGUUUGUUUGUAAAGUAUUACGGCAGAUGAUUUUGUUCUUUUUCA